UCAUAGGCGCGCACCAAAAACGCACCACCGGCUCUGUUGCUCUUUUGUCACCACUGGAUCUAAACUCACUCACCUACCCACCGCGCUACCAGCAGCAAUAGGCGACACAAAGACAUUUCAUAUUCCCAGGGAGCUUUUAAUUCCUCCACACUCGCUGGUGACUGAGAGAUGAAUCAUAAAGCUCUUUUAAUGUGGAUUCUCCUACAGUGUGCCGCUGCGCUCUUCUCCUCAGCACUUGCGGAAAACGCUGUUCUUACAGGUGAAGACAGUGGGUUGGAUGAAUUGUCAACAGACAGCAACAUUCUCAAUGGCAUCAAGUACAACAUGAGAAAGAAUUUCGACCUGGAGCACGAGGGCUGCUACCUGCAAGCUGGCAAGAAGGAGUGUCUACAGGAGUGUGGCUUCAAUGCUACAGCCAAGACCAUCUUCAUCAUUCACGGCUGGACGAUGAGCGGGAUGUUCGAGAGCUGGAUGCACAAGCUGGUCUCUGCAGUGAUGCAGCGUGAACAAGAUGCCAAUGUUGUGGUUGUUGAUUGGCUCUUGAUGGCUCAGCAACUGUACCCCGAUGCAGUCAACCACACCCAUGAUGUCGGCCUCCAUAUUGCUGACAUGCUAAACUGGCUUCAGGAUGAGCAGCAGCUGCCUCUGCAGAAUGUGCACCUGAUUGGCUACAGUUUAGGCGCUCAUGUAGCCGGUUACGCAGGAACAUAUGUGCGAGGGACCAUCGGUAGAAUUACUGGUCUAGACCCAGCAGGACCAAUGUUUGAAGGCGUAGAGGAACAGAAGCGUCUGUCCCCAGAUGAUGCCGACUUUGUGGACGUUCUGCACACAUACACCAGAGAGGCUUUGGGUGUAAGCAUUGGGAUCCAGCAACCUAUUGGGGACAUUGACAUCUACCCCAACGGUGGUGAAGUGCAGCCUGGCUGUGCGCUGGGUGACGUGCUGGCAGUAGCAGGAAAUUUCAUGGAGGUGAUGAAGUGCGAGCAUGAGCGCGCCGUGCACUUGUUUGUGGACUCCUUGAUGAACAAGGAUCAUAUGAGCUUUGCCUACCAGUGCACAGGCCCCGAUCGCUUCAAGAAGGGCAUCUGCCUCAGCUGCCGCAAAAAUCGAUGCAACAACAUCGGCUACAACGCCAGGAAGAUGCGCAAGAGACGCAAUAGUAAAAUGUACCUGAAGACGCGUGCUGACACUCCAUUUGGAGGCUACCACUACCAGAUGAAGAUGCACGUGUUCAACAGAAAGCAGUCAGACAAUGCAGAUCCCACCUUCCAUGUCAAGUUGUACGGCGCCCAUAACGAUACAGGAAACAUAUUUGUCGAUGUCCAUGACAACACUGUCGGUCUGAACCUGACCAACACCUUCUUGGUGUUUACUGAGGCGGAUAUUGGUGACCUGCUGAAGAUCCGUCUGAACUGGGAAGGAGAUUCUGAAUCCUGGACCUCCGUCUGGAAAAACAUCAAGAAGAAUUUCUGGGCCUGGAACGCCAAGCCUCCCAAACCUGUGCUGGAAAUCCGGCGGAUUCGUGUGAAAGCUGGAGAAACCCAGAAGAAGUUUACUUUCUGUGCCCAAGACACCUCAAAAACUGAAAUUUCACCCGGAGACUCCAUAACUUUUGUGAAAUGUCGUGAUGGCUGGGAAGUGAAACCAAGAAAGCGGCUGCCUAUGUAACAACUCAGCACUUCCAACAACCAAUGCACCGUCACCUUGGGGGACCCAACACGGAUCAGUGAGAAGCACUACCUUCUCUUUAAUUGAGCACUUUUCGUGAGAGGAUGAUUGAUCAGCACACAGUGGGGAGGAGCUCCAGGUUGCAGACUCUGGAAGGUUUCCUGUGGUUUCUGGAAACGAGGAGUCCGGGGUCUGUCCAGCGUAUGAGACAGUUGGAAAAACAGCUCGCGGGCUGGAAUCAGAGGCGGUCCUAAAUGUGUUGAGAUUUGCGUGAGGAGCUGCAGAACGUUCCUUUUUGUGGACUAGUGAAGUAGAAUACAGAUCUGUGCCAGUGGACAUAAACCAGCAAUUGUAGUCGCUGUACUGUACAUGUUUAAAUUUUUCUUUUUUUUUUUUUUUUUAUUUAUGAAAAAGUGGAAGCACUGCAAGACCAACAUUAUUUAUCAGAGCACAUCCCUUAAUGAAGCGUAUGUUGAAUGCAUUUCUCCGUGUGUGUGUGUGUGUGUGUGUGUGUGUGUGUGUUUCUGUGAAUGUGAGAAUGUGUGGGUUUCUGUUGUCCCCAAGAAAUGUGCCUUUCUGCUGAGAGAGAUUACUGAUACACUGUAUAACUGAAGGAGAGACCUGAUCUCAUUGCACGCGAUCUUUCCGAGGCUUUGUGCGUGGUGUGACUGUUACUGUGUGUGGCUUAUUU